CGGCGCGCAGGGGCAGGAUCUUCGCUCGCGGCGGCCGCGGGUUGGGCGGUGGGGAGCGGACCUGCACUUCCGCCCUCGGCCGACUCGGGAGUAGAGGCAUGGAGCCGGGCUAGCUGUCGACGCGAGGCCUGGCCGGAAAUAUUCUUCUGGGGCCCGAGUCUGGGUACAUUCGAAUGCAAAUCAUCACCCACUCACAAACACCCAGGAGUCGUGACUGAGAGGAUCACGCCUCUAAAAGGUUUUUGAGUAUUCUCAGAUUUGAGUUUAGUCAGUAAUUGUCAAGCUGGCUAGAAGACUGUUCUGGAAGUGGUGGAGGCACAUCUUAAGGUACAGAAUGAGCACCUGCUGUUGGUGCACACCAGGCGGCGUCUCCACCACUGACUUCCUGCAGCGCUAUGCAUCCCGGGCCCAGGCCAGCGAUUUCCAAACAGCAGACGAAGACCUCUGCUACUGCUUGGAGUGUGUGAUCGAGUACCACAGGGCACGGGACGAGCUGCCCUUCUUGCAUGAGGUUUUAUGGGAAUUAGAAACAUUACGUCUCAUAAAUCACUUUGAAAAAUCCAUGAGAGCAGAAAUCGAAGAUGACGAUGAAUUAUAUAUAGUAGACAACAAUGGAGAGGCACAACUGUUCGACCUUACUGGCCAAGACUUUGAGAAUAAGCUUCGAGUUCCUCUUCUUGAAAUACUGAAAUACCCUUAUCUGCUUUUACAUGAGCGUGUUAAUGAGUUAUGUGUUGAAGCACUUUGUCGGAUGGAACAAGCGAAUUGCUCCUUUCAGGUUUUUGAGAAACAGCCUGGGAUCUAUCUGUUUCUGGUCCAUCCCAAUGAAAUGGUUCGGCGUUGGGCUAUCCUGACAGCAAAAGGCUUGGGAAAAGUGGAGAGAGAUGAUUAUUAUGACCUGCAGGAGGUUUUGACAUGCCUUUUUAAAGUCAUUGAGUUGGGGCUUUUAGAAAACCCAGACAUUUACACUUCCUCUGUCCUUGAGAAGGGUAAACUGGUCAUCCUGCCCUCACACAUGUAUGAUGCUACCAGCUGCAAAAACUACUGGCUUGGGAUCUGCAUGCUGCUGACCAUCCUGGAGGAGCAGGCCAUGGACUCGCUGCUGCUGGGCUCAGACAAGCAGAAUGACUUCAUGCAGUCGAUACUUCACACCAUGGAGAAGCAGUCGGAGGAUGAUGGUGAAGAUCCUUUCUGGCCAGCAUUACACUGUUUCAUGGUGAUUCUGGAUCGCCUGGGAUCUAAGGUCUGGGGUCAACUUAUUGACCCAAUUGAGGCGUUUCAGACCAUUAUCAACAAUGUGAGCUAUAAUAGAGAGAUCCAGAAUAUCCGGAACAGCUCUGUAAGGACCAAGUCAGAACCAGAGCCAUGCCUGGAUGAUAUGGUGACUUGCAGCCAGAUUGUAUACAAUUUUAAUCCUGAAAAGACCAAAAAGGAUUCAGGGUGGAGAUCAGCUGUUUGCCCAGAUUACUGUCCUAACAUGUAUGAAGAAAUGGAAACGUUAGCCAAUGUGCUUCAGUCAGAUAUUGGUCAAGACAUGCGUGUUCACAACAGCACGUUUCUGUGGUUCAUCCCUUUUGUUCAGUCCCUCAUGGACCUUAAGGAUCUGGGUGUGGCUUAUAUAGUGGAGGUUAUUCACCAUCUGCAUGCCCAAGUCAAAGAUGUCCUCAACCAAGCAGUUGUCAUGUGUGACAAGGUCACUGAAUUUUUUUUCCUAAUUUUGGUGUCAGUGAUUGAACUCCAUAGAAGUAAAAAAUGCCUGCACUUGCUCUGGGUCAGCUCCCAGCAGUGGGUGGAGGCCGUCGUGAAGUGCGCCAAGCUCCCCACCACCGCGUUCGUGCGGAGUUCUGAGAAGUCAUCCGGCAGUGGCUCCAAAGGAACAGCAGUGACCUCUCUGUCCCUGCAUCCAAUGCCAUCUAACUCGGUCCAACUUGCUUGUGUGCAGUUGAUUAGAAGUCUCCUUAAAGAAGGUUAUCAGCUUGGGCAGCAGACUCUUUGUAAGCAAUUCUGGGAUAAACUCAACUUAUUCCUGCGAGGAAAUUUAUCUCUGGGCUGGCAGUUGACUAGUCAGGAAACCCAUGAGUUACAAACUUGUCUAAAGCAAAUUAUUAGGAACAUCAAAUUCAAGGCACCUCAGCACUCUGCUUUGGUGGAGUUGUCUCCUUCGUGUAAAACUCCUCCUGCAUCUUACAGUAAAGAAGAAAGUGAGCAAAUAGGGAAGACAUGUGAAAAAGACAUGCACUGUCUGGGAAGCCCAACCUUUUCUAAACCAUUGAAAACUGAUGUAUGUCAGUCGCCACAGAGUAGUAUUUUAAGCAGAGCAAGUAACACCAUAGAAGAGGACAAUGAGCAGCAUUAUGUAAAAGAUUUGAAACUAGAGGACCGUGUCUCAGCUGAGUCAUGCUUAAAGCAGAGUAGUAAAAACCUUUUCACUGAAAGAGCCCAAGAUCGAGUGACGGUACGUACAGGGAAGCAGAAGUCUGUAAAAGACGAUUCCUUAUAUACACCACAGAGCUGUAUUUCAAGAAGUGGUCCAGAAAGGGGGCAUGACCAAGGAACAGUUAUGUCCACAUGUCUGUUGAUGGAUUCAAACACGGAUCCUCUGGAGAAGGGGUCCACAUCAAAGGAGGAUUUCUCUCUACAGGAUGAUGUUCUUGGCAGAACCUCAAAACCAAAAACUAGGGCCCCAAAAAGUGAAAUCUGUGCUAAGUUAUCACAUGUAAUAAAAAAGCAACACAGUGCUUUGGUCAAUAACACUGUGAAAUUAGAGGGAAACCUGACUGAACCCAACAUUGAGAAUGUCUGUUCAAGAAAUGUUACAGAAGAUCAGAAAGGGAUCUUUCUACACGAUCUCACUUUAGACCCUAAUGAUAGUCUGGAGAAUAAAAAUGGAGGACACAAAUCCCAUAACAGGUUGUUGCCGAAGAAGAAACAGUUGAAGAAUGAAGAAGAGUUAGAUGGUUUUUCUUCCCAUGAAAAUGAUUGUCAAAUACAGGAAUGUCAUGUCGGCACUAAAGAUGUGAUCUCAUUUGCAGAAGUGACCAGUACUUUCAUGCAUAAGACAUCCCCCUUUAAAGAUCCUGUGAGUUCGCUUGAAUCAAGACAUAAGAAAAUUGUUAGCAAGAGUGCUGAUCAGGUUUCUUCUAAUUUGAUAGAACAGGUCCCUAGCAUCAGUCUGCAGUCUGACAUCUUAACAGAUUCUCAGAUAGACAGAGACCUCCACAAACUGUCAUUAAUAGCUCAAGCCAGUGUUACUAAAUUCCCAUCAGAUUCAACUCAAAAAAGCUCACCCCAGCUACAACGAAAAGUAGAAGAUAAAAGAAGUUUCAGAGCCAACCAAAAUAAUGUCAGGGAAACCUGUGGACAAAUUAUUAUUAUUUCAGAUUCUGAUGAUGAUGGUGAUGAUGAAGGAAUUAUGGGUUUUCAGAAACAUAUGAAACAAGAAAAUAUGUGCACUGAGAAAGAAUGUCCAGAGCAGUGUACUUCAAUGGCUAAUACGAACAUGGAAAGGAAGCUUACAAAAGAGGAAAAGACAGAUUCUCCCUUGAAUUUUGAGGACGCUGAUUCUCAGAUUUUUGAGUUUGAAAGCCAAAAGGAUGUAUUUUCAGUUUGGCAAGAUCAGAAACCAGACAAUAAGAAUUCAGUUCAAGGAGAUGAAAAAAAUUCAUGUUGGACUCAUAUAGCUGAUAUCACAAAUGAUUGGGGUUAUGAUACUGAUUAUCCUAUGUCUGAAGAAGUUACUAAGAAGGGAACAGAGGGCAUUGAAUGUGCACAACCACAAAGUAGUAGUACUGUUGAGGAAUUUUGUGAACUCCAAGUCAAAAAACCUAAGAGAAAAAAACUUGAAAAACCAAUGGCUAAAGAUGGUUCAAGGCCUUCAUCUUCUAUCAGAAAUGAGAACCAGUCUGAUAAUGAGAGAGAGCUAACUGAAAAUAAUGUUAAAAGUACAGACAUAAGGACCUCUCCCAGUGCAGGUGUUCAGAGAACCACUUCGGUUUCCCUGAAGAAGUCUUCUCCAAAGAUUUGUGCUUAUUCCAAGCCUGUUCGGAGAGCUCCGGUUUCUAAAACUAAGAAAACACAUUCGGAUACCAAAAAAGGGCAGAAUAAAAGUUCACAUUACAUAAGCUGCAGGACAACUCCUUUUAUCGUGCCACCAAAGAAAGAUCGCCAGUGUCCUGAACCAACUUCAACAGUUGAGAAACUUGGUCUAAAGAAGGGUCGUCGCAGGGCAUUUGAGUUGUCUCAGCGAUCUUUAGACUAUAUAGAGCAGUUACGGGACCAUGGUAAAAACAUUGGAGUGAUUGAUACCCGAAAAAAGACCAAACUGAUUUCUCCUCAGUCUCUUCCUGUGAAAGAUAAGAAACUGCUUGUGAGUCAAGAUCUUCAGUUUCAAAGACAGACGAGGCACAGAUCUAAACAAAACAGACAAGGACAUUUUGAUUCGAAAAGUACAAAUGCUGCAAGAGCAGGACCACGCGCAGCACAGAAGUCUGAGGUGUUUACACCAGCAUUGGGGAGGCCAGAUUAUGGCAAUAAAGGAGGAACUGAGGUAAUGGCCAGCAGUAGUGGAACCCAAUCAGUAAAACGCACGUCUCCUGAACAAGGACCUGUGAAAGCAAAAUCUGUUUCUCAGGUGGCUGGUGAUACUUGUCUUUUGAAUCAGUGUAACUCUCCAGUGUUACAUGGAAGAAGACCAACGAAUGAAAUCACGGUCCCUCCUUCAGAGGACCCACUAGGUGGAGGGGACCUGACUGGACAUCACCUGGAGGUGGCAACUUUGAAAAAGGCAGAGCCUGACGGCGACAGUGAUACAGAGGGAAAUGAUAUCUUUUUAACACAACACGAUCCUGAAGAUAUGGAUUUAUGUUCACAAAUACAGAAUGAUGACGAUAAACUCAUUGAAGUAGUUCAUGGAAAACACGGGGUUCAGGUCAGAGAAGAUUCCAUACAUCAGCCUCAGUUGGAACCUUUGAGUAGCACAAAAUGUAAGCAGCGAGAUUGUGUUGAAACUGUGAAAAGCCAGGGCGACUACUGCCCGAAACACUCGGAAGCGAAAGCAGCAGACGACGACGUCUUUCGUAAGCCCGGCUUGCCUCUUUCGGCAUCUAAACCUUUGAGACCUUCCACCACUAAGAUUUUUAGCUCAAGUAGUACUUCACGAAUUGCUCAUCUUUCCAAGUCUUUGGAGAGUAGCUCAGCACUUCCAGCUCUAAAAAAUAAGUCAAGUGCAGGUCGGUCUGCUUUGAAAGUGCCAGCCCUUCCCGUGUCACCGAAGGCACUGAGUGAAGCAAAGGGUUUGUGCAGCGUUCUUCCUUCUCCAGCCUCUCCGAAGCCAGCGGGUGACGUGAAGAGCCUGUGCAGCGUUCUUUCCCCUCCGGCCUCUCCCGUGUCUCUGAAGCCACUGAGUGAAGUGAAGGGUUUGUGCAACGUCCUUUCUCCGGCUCUGAGUAACUCCAGCAGGCAAGCUUACAGACUCCCGUUUGGUGACAGCAAGCCUUUUUCUUCAUCUCCGGACAGCACCUCGCCAUCACAGUGCAUCACUGACAUGUUUGUGAAAGAGGUCCUAAAGUGGAAAUACGAGAUGUUUGUGAACUUCAGCCAGUGCGGGCUCCCAGCAAGUCUUUGCCAGGCCAUCUCCAGGCCUGUGCCUGUCAGAUUUCAAGAUUGUGGCGAUUAUUUUAACGUUUUUCUCCCUUUGAUGGUAGUGAACACUUUUGAAACAGUAGCACAGGAAUGGGUCAGCUCUCCAAAUAAAGAAAGAUUCUAUGAGUUGCAUUUACGAAAAUUUCCUGCAGAAUACAAAAAGUACUGGGAGUUUGUGGUUUCUCUUGAGGACUGUGAACUAUCUAAACAGCUUCACCCGAAGGAGAAUGAUCUGGUGUUUCUGGUUCCUGAAAGACAGAGCGGAGAGAAGAGAGAUGUCGAGGGGAGCCCCGUCCAGGGCCCCCGUGACUAUCACUGUGCUUACGUUCAUAAGUUCCGCCGCACUUCAGUCCUGCGUAAUGGGAAAUACGAAUGCUUCCUUUGCAUCCAGACUCAAGAGGAUUUGCCAGUCAGUCUAAAUGAAUUUGUAAAAUGUAUUGUAAUCAGUUCUCUGGUUACUACACAAAGGAAAUUGAAAGCCAUGGCUUUGUUGAAUGGUCGGAACCAGCUGGCCAGAGCUAUUCUGAAUCCAAACCCCAUGGACUUCUGCACAAAAGAUUUACUGACUACAACAUCUGAGAGAAUCACUGCCUACUUAAGAGAUUUCAAUGAAGACCAGAAGAAAGCGAUAGAAACCGCAUACGCCAUGGUGAAGCACUCCCCGGCGGUGGCCAAGAUCUGUCUCAUUCACGGGCCGCCCGGAACGGGGAAAUCGAAAACGAUCGUUGGCCUCCUGUACCGCCUGCUGACGGAGAGGAGGGGGCACUUGGAUGAAAACUCCAACGCGAAGAUCAAGCAGAACCGCGUGCUCGUGUGUGCGCCUUCCAACGCAGCCGUGGAUGAGCUGAUGAAAAAAAUUAUCCUCGAAUUCAAAGAAAGGUGUAAAGACAAGAAGAACCCUAUGGGAAACUGUGGAGAUAUCAAUUUAGUACGUCUGGGUCCAGAAAAGUCUAUUAACAAUGAGGUCCUGAAGUUCAGCUUGGACAACCAAGUCAACCACAGAAUGAAAAAAGAUUUACCGUCUUAUGUUCAGGAGAUGCAUAGAAGGAAGGAAUACCUAGACCGUCAGCUAGAUGAACUUUCCCGCCAGCGUGCUUUAUGCCGAGGUGGGAGGGAAAUGCAGAGGCAAGAAUUAGAUGAAAGAAUUGCCCACGUUUCCAAAGAGAGGCAGGAACUUGCUUCUAAAAUUAAAGAGGUUCAAGGACGCCCACAGAAAACUCAGAGCAUCAUCAUCCUGGAGUCCCACAUCAUCUGCUGCACCCUAAGCACGAGCGGCGGCUUGCUGCUCGAGUCUGCCUUCCGGGGGCAAGGAGGGGUCCCCUUCAGCUGCGUCAUCGUCGACGAGGCUGGGCAGGCUUGCGAAGUGGAAACCCUCACCCCCCUCAUCCACCGCUGCAACAAGCUGGUCCUCGUGGGAGACCCAAAGCAGCUGCCCCCCACGGUCAUCUCCGUGAAGGCGCAGGAGUACGGCUACGACCAGUCGAUGAUGGCCCGCUUCUGCAAGCUGCUGGAGGAGAACGUGGAGCACAACGUGAGCGGCAGGCUGCCCGUGCUGCAGCUGACCGUCCAGUACAGGAUGCACCCCGACAUCUGCCUCUUCCCCUCCAAUUACGUGUACAGCAGGAGCCUGAAAACCAACAGAGUGACCGAGACCAUCCGGUGCUCGUCGGAGUGGCCGUUUCAGCCCUACCUCGUGUUCGACGUCGGAGACGGCUUGGAAAGACGCGAUAACGACUCGUAUGUAAAUGUUCAAGAAAUAAAAGUGGUCAUAGAAUUGAUUAAACUUCUUAAAGAAAAAAGAAAGGACGUUACUUUCCGGAACGUCGGCAUCAUAACCCAUUACAAGGCUCAGAAGAUGAUGAUUCAGAAGGAGUUGGACAAAGAAUUUGAUGGAAAAGGUAGGCCAGCAGAGGUAGAUACUGUGGAUGCAUUUCAGGGUCGUCAGAAAGAUUGUAUUAUUGUUACGUGUGUCAGAGCGAACACCAUGCAAGGCUCUAUCGGGUUUCUGGCGAGUUUGCAGAGAUUGAAUGUAGCCAUCACACGAGCCAAGUACAGCCUCUUCAUCCUCGGACAUCUGAGGACCUUGAUGGACAAUCAGCACUGGAACCACCUGAUUCAGGACGCACAGAGGCGUGGUGCCAUCAUCAAGACCUGCGACAAAAACUAUAAACACGAUGCAAUGAAGAUCCUGAAACUGAAGCCCACGCUGCAGCGAAGCCUGACCCACCCGCCUUUGCUAGCCCUGGAGGGGUUCAGCCCCCAGGGCGGCUCACCCAGCAGCAAGCCAGACAGUGAAAUCAUCAAGGCGUUGUUUGCGUCUUUCCUCUACCCCACAGCCCCUGACCCUAAGGAAGCUGCUGUUACUGUUGCUGCAAAGGACCCUGAGAGGCCUCCUGGGAAGGACCAGCUUCGGGACCCACGACUGCUUAAGAGGUUGGGCCUGAGCUCUGAAGCCCAAGGGAGAUGCCUAAGGGAUCCAGAGCCCUUGAGCCCCCAGCAUCACGGAGCCACGCCUCCCUUGGGCGAGCCGAGCUGCCCUGUGAGCCCCCAGGCUCUGGGCGCCACCGGGGAGUGGUCCUCAGCCUCAGGGAGCAGCCACAGGCCGCAUGUGCCAUGGGACCCUCCAGCUGCCAGCGCUGAUGCCGCACGUAAAAGUGUGUGUGACCGGGAACGGGAGCCCAGCUACCGAAGGGACAGCAGAGCUUCCAGGGACCGGGACCGGGAGAUGCCCAGCCCUGUGAGCCACCACACCAGGAGGAACUCUGGCCGGGACAGCAGGAGGUGGGAGAAGGAGGACAGCAGCGCAAAGAGAAGGAAGCUGUAGUGCAGCCGUUGCCGCGGGUGGGCCCCAGGCGCCGCUGCAGGCCUCCGGCGCCCUCCCCCUGCCGGCCAGUGGGACUGUCCCGAGGAGACUUGUUCCCUUAGAGGAGAGAGUGUGCUGUUGGGGUUGGGGAGAGCUGGCCUGACCCUGAGCCUGCGGCCACCUUCAGCGCUUUUUUGUGGGUUGCAAACCCUCCCAGAGGGCGUGUGCACAUCAGCCACGAAGCCCCUGAGGCCGCAGGCUUGAAAUGUUCAUCUUGUUUUCCUUUGAAAAGGUUAGGUUGGACCCGAGUGGGUGUUACAAAAGUUGAAAUGUAUAUUUGUAUAGCAAAUAGCAAAAGUCUUUUAAAAUUUAAUGUAGUAGGCCGCUUUUCUUCCCCCUGCCUAAAAUGUUGAUCGUUUUCACCAGAACCAACGUUCUUUUUGAAACAGAAGGAAACUCAGGAAGAGGGCAGGUCCUCGGAGCCCUUGUGAGACGGGUCUCUGACAGGUCGGGCCGUGUCUUCCUGAGGGACCUGGUCGCAGGCAGCCUGGGGGUCCCGGGCGAGGCGGGCCGGGCGGCUGCCGUAGGCAGGGGGGAGACACCCUGCUCCAGCGGAAGGCUGCAAGGGGGCGGCCAUCCUCGGAGUUGAGAGCCAGGGGGAGAGCCGGCAUUUCCUGUGUCUUCGGAAACUACCUCAGCCUGUGGAAACGCGUGGGGG